AUGAGUUCAACACUGCACAACCCGUGUGUGCUUUUGAAGCGUAUUUUUUCGCUCAGGGAGCAGUCCUCGCUGCUUCUGUGCGUCGACACUGUUGCGCAGAGCGCACACUACCUGAUACGAGAGUUUGUGCAUCAGCUGAAAGACACGCCACUGCAGCUGCUCUACCUUUCAUACGAAACGGCGAAUAGGCCAUCGUAUGCCACGCAAUUCAUAAACUGCAGCGCGCUUUCGGCAGAGGAGGUGGUUGCACAGGCGAAGCGAGCACUAGCGGGGUCUGGGGCGCCUGGCGAGAGCCAAUGGCUGGUGGUGGUCGAUUCGAUGAACUACGUGCCAGUUGACGAGCUUGGGCGAUUUGUGGGUGGGCUGGCGGGACCGGGGGUGACAGUAGUGGCCACCUAUCACAGCUCGAUGCCGCGCUUCACGGAGCCCGCGCUCCAGCACUAUCCGGACGGCCUGGAGCUGUUGCGUUUUAUGUCGGUGACCAUCCUGGAGGUUGCCCCUCUUGUGCCAGAGGAGGACGCUGAGGAGUUGGAGGAGCAGCUUGCGCGCUUCGUGGUCCCAAGGCGGCUGAACGGCCCUGUAUACGCGCUCACGCUGACGAACCGCCGGAAGUCCGGGCGAUCGCUGAGUUACCGUUUCAGAAUCGACUCCACCAACCACUCAUACUCCCUGCUCGACGGCGCGGCGGACCGUGACACCGAGCAGCCCGCACACCUGGAAGGUCUGACGACGUUCAAUCUGUCUACCACGCAGAAGCAGAAGCAGGCGAAAGAGAAGCUUGAACUACCUUUCCUGGAGGCCCAGUCUUUCAACACUGGCGGCGCCAUAGUUUACGAGUUUGAGAAGGACGAUGAUUAUGAUGAGGAAGACCCAUAUGAAGAUCCCUUUUAG